GGAAGAGCAGGAAAUCACAACUUCCACACAUGUGUUGGAAAUGAGCAGCCCGCUACCCUUGUGCGCCGAUCCUGCACGUAAACUCAUUUAUUAGGUCUUUUAUUUAGUCUUAUCACCGGACGAUUGGACUGAAAUCGGUAACCACGCACCGACACGAUGGCGGAGAUAGUUCAGCAACGAAUCGAGGACCGGAUCCCCGAGCUGGAGCAGCUGGAGAGAGUGGGACUUUUCACCAAGAACGAAGUCAAAUCCAUAAUCAAGAGAGUAACAGCUUUGGAGUACAAGCUCCACAGGCUGAUCAUAAACAAAGAGGAUUUCAUCGCAUACAUCCAGUAUGAAAUCAACGUUUUAGAGCUGAUCAAGAAAAGAAGAGCGCACAUACACUACCACUUCAAAAGAGAAGAGAUCGAGUUCCCCAUCAUCCACAGAAUAAAUAAUAUCUUCAGAAGAGCAACAAAUAAAUGGAAGGAUGACGUGCAGAUGUGGCUCUCACAUGUUGCUUUCUGCAAGAAAUGGUCCACCAAGAACCAGCUGAGUAAGGUGUUCUCAGCCAUGCUCGCUAUCCACCCUGACAAACCAGCCCUGUGGAUCAUGGCUGCCAAGUCUGAGCUGGAAGAUAGAAAUUCCUCAGAGAGUGCCAGACACUUGUUUCUGAGGGCUCUUCGCUUCCACCCAAAUGACAAGAAGGUCUACCAGGAGUACUUCCGUAUGGAGCUGCUGCACGCUGAGAAGCUCAGGAAGCAGAAGAAAGAGCUGGAGAAGGCUGAGAUGAACCUGGGUGAAUAUGAAUUCUCUGCAGAGAUCCUGAGCGGUAAACUCGCUGAGAUUGUGUACAGAGAUGCCACAGGGAAAAUCAAAGGAGCUGAGUUUGUCAUCUCGCUCCUGAAUAUCGCAGCUAUCUUUGACUUUACCAAAGAACUUCAGGACUCCAUCCUUCAAGACUUACAGACUAAGUACACAGAGGACAAUCUGACGUGGGAUUUCAUGGCCAAGAGGGAGCUGGAGGCUCCAGGCGCAGGGGAGGAGCUGCAGACAGCCAAGGGCCGUGCCUCCGAGGUCAGCCGGAGAGAGGAGCGCUGCUGUCAGGUCUAUGAGGAGGGCCUCAAGAGCCUCAACACAGAGCCGAUGUGGACAUGCUACGUGGCCUUCUGCUUGGAAAGGCUGAAAAGGAAGACCAACGUCCAGGAGCUGAAGGAAAAGAGGCAGAAAAGGCUUCUGGCAGUGCUUCAGCGUGCUCAUGACUCCUCACUGCUGAAGGAGGAUUAUUACAAGAACUGGCUGCAGAUCCUGCUGUCAUCGGAAGAUGCUGAGGGAGCGACCAGGGUUGCCAUGGCAGCCACUCAGCGCUACAGCCAAUCAGUGACAGUUUGGAGUCUCAGCCUGCAGACACUAAUGCAGCUGGGGAGUGGAGACAUGGGCAAGCUAUUCCAGGAAGCUCUCACACAUGUUAAUCCCAAGGAGAGUCUACCCCUGUGGCAGCUCCAGGUCCAGUGGAGUUUGGCCAACCAGAGUCUGGAGGAGACAGAGGCCAUCUUUGAGAGAGGUCGGCUGUCUGCAGUGGCGGCUGUUGCCAUGGAGAUGAAAGAGAAAUACCUUGAUUGGUCAUACACAGUUGGAGGCUACAAGAAAGCUCGGAAGACCUUCACCAGCUUACAGGAAGUCCGUCCUUUGUCCAAGUCGUUUUUCACCAGAAUGAUCGAGAUCGAGAAGGAACAAGAGACUCCAAAGAUGAGCAACUUGAGAAACUACUAUGAAAGGGCUCUGCAAGAGUUUGGCUCCACAGAUGAUGAUCUGUGGCUGGAUUACAUCCAGGAGGAGCUGGGACCUCAGGGCCAACCCGAGAACUGUGGUAAAAUCCACUGGAGAGCAAUGAAGUUUCUGGAGGGGGAAAGUGUGGAGAGAUUCAUCUCCAAAUAUACCCUACUUCAGACCGGACAUAUAUAACUGUUUGCUUGCUGCAGUGGACCCUUCCAGUUACAUAACUGACUGAAUACAUGAAUAACUGCCUGAGAUGAGGAUCCACAUGGGGUGCAGAUAACAACAACCAUUGCUUGACAGUUUGGCAGUCAUAGAACCAGGUGCUGGGACCAAAUUGUUUUGAACCAAUCGGUGUUCCUGGUUCUGUGGAAAACUGGUUGCAUGCCAGCUCGAGUUGUUUCAUUUCCUGAAGUUGAAAACUCAGAAUUGUAAUUUGGAAAUCUCACUGUCCACCUGGAAGUGCCCUUUCCAUUCUCUUUCCACAGUUUCAGCAGCGAUGAAGGAGGUGCUCUUACUUUAGUCAGCAAGCUCUGUGGCCGUUACAGCCCAGUGACAUGAUCUUUUGUCAUUGCAGUUCAAAAGUUGUACCUACUAUACAUUUUAUACAGUCUAUUAGUGUUGUGUCUGAUGCCAGAGUGAUGGUGGAGACAUGUUUGAAGAAAUUUGACUGUAAUUGCAAGAGUUCCACAUUUAUUUUGCAUUUUGAGAUGACAAACCUUGAUGCUAUUGUAAAGAAAUAAAACAUCCUUUCAUCAU